AUGGCUCCACGACUGCAACUGCGCUCACUGAGCCAACUGGCGGAGCUGCAAGUCUUCGCCAAACCUCAUAUCUGCGGCCGCUGCUCAUAUGCAACAGCAGUAUCAACCGUGCCAGCCUUCUCAGACGCGGAGAUAGAAUCUUCACGACCGCCUUUGAAACGUUAUCCUUCCAAUCAGCCGCCCUCACACCGAGACCCUAAAUACCGGAAAUCUCAACGUAUCCGGUCCUACGUCUCGCUCCUCCAAACCACACCCUUGAUCAUCCUCUUCCAACACAACUCUCUCAAGGCCAUAGAAUGGACCGGCAUCCGUCGCGAGCUGACGUCUGCACUACGGAAGCUAGACGCCCAGCUCCUAACUCAAGGCGCGGCUCAAGAGGACUUGAUUGGAGAGUACGUCAAGCUACAGGUCAUCAAGACCACCAUGUUCGAACCCGCACUGCGGAUCGCCGAGUACUACCGACCGGAGGAGCAGAGUCAACGAGAGAAACUCAUUCCUACCCUGGCGGGGAUUGGUUCCGUGGCCGCAGACCCUUCCCUCACGCACGCCCUAUCCGAAUCCGCAUACCAAGCCAUCCAAGAACACAAGGGCGUGCAUCCCUUGACACCCCUCCUAACAGGCUCCCUUGCUAUCCUGACCUUCCCGACCGUGUCGCCGCAGCACAUUAAGACGGCAUUCUCCAUCCUCACACCACAGGCGCCUCAGUUCCCUGCUCCACCGCGCCGUUUGAACCCAUCGCUCUAUGAACUGCCAGUGCAGGAGGGAUUGAAGAAGUUGAUGCUCCUCGGGGCCCGUAUCGACGGCCAGGUCUUUGACAAGGACGGCACGAAGUGGGUGGGAAGCAUCGAAGGUGGAAUGACUGGUCUGCGCGCACAGCUCGUUGGCCUGCUUCAAGGCUUUGGCGCCGGUCUCACUCAUACACUGGAGAGUGCCGGCAGAAGCAUUUGGUUCACCAUGGAGAGUAGGAGAAAUAUGCUUGAAGAGGGCAAGACUGGCCAAGGAGAGCAACCUGCAAAGACCGGGUAG